AUGCCAUACCAUCAACAACAACCGGGCCACUCUAUGGGCGGCAACAACAUGGCCCAGAUGAACAGCUACCAGGCGGGUCAGUUCCCGCCGCAAACACGGCUACCCGAGGAGCUGGAGUCAGCGAUCUCUGUCCGUGUUCAGGAAUCACAUGCAAGAUGUGGACUGGUCCAACUACCAGACCCCAGUAAACUCUUUGGUCUCAAUCAGCAGCAGCACCUCCAGCAGUCCUCCCACUCUCAUGCUAACCCCAACAGCGGGCAUUCAGGAGGGGGCAUGCAAAGCUGGAAUGCUCCUGUUUCUCAACCGGCUCGUCCACAGGGUGGAAACAUGCAGGGUCUGUACGUACCUGAGAGCGCAGGCAGUAUCCUGGCCGGCUUCGGUUUGUCAAACGAUGACCUGGAGGUUCUCAGCCACUACCCUGAUGACCAACUAACUCCAGACACUCUGCCCUUCAUCCUACGUGACAUACAGAUACACAAGACAAACAGAAACACAGGCCCUCCUGCGUUCUCUCAAACUCUCCCUGCUAUUCCUAACCUGCCACCACCGCUGCGUCUUUCUCCACCACAGCGGCAUCCUGCACAUUCAUGUCCGACCAACAUCCCAACUUUUCUGAGUGUGACGCAAACGGCGGGUAAAGUUAUCGACUACGGCCAUGCGAGUAGGGCGGCGGAAGAGGGUAGGGACUCUUACAAACGCGAGCUACCGUCCAAGGAGAGAGCGACUAAACCAGAGUCAAAGUCCACCGGUUCAUCUUUGAAACGUAAAGCUGAAUCCCCAAGGCGGCACGACGACUCUUCCGACUCAAAGAAAGACAAAGACUACAGGAGGCGUGCUCCAAUCCCCGACACUCACAAGCACAAAAGAACGCCCGUCAGAGAGCCGCCAUCAAGAUCUCGGUUGGAGCGCGAAGGGUCCAGAUCAAGGCCACAGUUCGAAGCCAGGAGUGAGUCGUCAAAAUCAACCAGACCCUCCGGUGCCAAACGCAGCUCUAGCACAACCAAGAGGCUCCCAACACCCACCAUGAUAGGUGAUUUCUCGGCGGACCCUCCGAAGGUGUACCCCCACACCUGCUCCCUGUGCGACAUGCAAUGUGAACGGGCUAAGGACUGGAUCGAUCACGUGAACACAGUCAACCACACAGCUAGCUGCAGAGAUCUGCGCAACAAGUAUCCAGACUGGAAUCCAAAUGUCCCAAGGAGGGACCCGUCUCAAGGUCAGGAUGCUUCUGCCACCUGGCAGUCCCUAGAACGCUCUCCCUCCCGCUCAGUCUCCCGUUCCUUGUCCUGGUCCCCCUCUCCCACCCCCCCUCCGGACCGAAGCCGAAGGAUCUCUCCGCCCACAUCCCAUGGACACGCCCCCCACACCUCUGGUCGGCACAGCCCCUCCCAGUCCCAUCGUGGUUCUGCCUCCAGUGCUCACAGGCCGGAGAAGAGAACCAGUGAAUCCUCAGGGAUAUCUACUGGGAGCUCCUCUCGAGAAGGCCUGAAGCGUUCCAGAAAUGACCCCGCCAAGUGUGCGACUGGCCACGGCAACAGAGCAGGGGUUUCUGGGAAACACGAGUCCGGGAAACGUGAGUCCUAUUUGUCGUCCACCAGCAAGUUUCCGGCGUCCAUGUCUGAGAAGCCACAUCGCCCAUCUUCCUCUGCUUCCUCUAAGCCAGGCGCCAAGCCAGCGGCCGGGAAGGAGACCGCCUUAGGACAGGACUCAGAGCUCCAGUCCUCCAGCGCCACAGAAGAAGCCGAAUCCAACGCAGCAGAAGAAGAAUCCUCCAGGUUCCUACUUGCUCUAUCUGUCUGGCCUCCCUGUAGAUGCCAAGUACCAGGAAGUGGUGUCACUGGUGCAGUCCUUCGGCAAGGUCACCAACGUCCUCAUCAUCAGGAACGAGGAGGGGAUGAGAACCAAGGGCAGCCGCAAUACAGUAAAGCCACUGUUUGCAUGCAGAAAGAGCAGGAUGCUAAAGCACUGGCUGAGUGCCUCACUCUCACCAUACGGGAACACCCCAUCUCUGUCUCCGACCAGAAUGGCGAGGGGGAGCUUACUUCCUCCAUACCUGUCAUUAUAAAGGGAGAAGUGAUCGGUGCUCCAAAGACACCUGCGGCCCCCAACGAGGCCAACUUGACCGUCAAAGUCCCAGAAGCCAGCGUUGGUCAGAAGAAUUCAAAUGAGAUACACAGGGAGCAGGUGAAGCCACAGAGGAAGAGGAAGAGGGGCUGUAGAGCGGGACAGCUCGAGAGACUCAAAAGACUACAGAGGGAAAACAAGAGGGGCAUGGUCAAGAUUACUGGACUUCCUGAAAGCGGCUGCUCCGAGGUUGAUAUCGCAAAGCUGGCCCAGCCCUUCGGAACACCUGUCAAGAUCCUCCUCAUCACCAAGCCCAGUGAGGCUCUGGUCACCAUGCAGGAUGUGGAGACAGCCCAGGAGAUGGUGAAAGUUUACACCGACAUGCCUGUCUGCAUCAACGACUCUGUUCUGAACAUGAGCCUGCUUCCAAACCUCCUGGUGGACUUCAACAGACCGGUGGCACUUUUCCAUUCAUUGAUGGGACCCAGGAAUCCUGUUAGUGAGGUGGGAGGUGAUGAUGAUGAUGACUGGAACCGUCUCCUAGUUGUCAGUAACAUCCCGGCCACGCCCUCCGGCCCAACUGAGAUCCAGAAUCUGGUCCAGCGCUUCGGCACAGUCCAACAGACUCUGGCACUCAAGGACAAGAUCAUCUUUGAGAUGGGAACAGCAGACAUGGCCAAGAGUGUCUUCAACCGCUUCCAGAAGUUUCCCUGCAUUGUUCAGAACAACAAGCUUGCCUUCUCCUGGAAACCUGAUCCCAAGACUGAUCUACCUAAAGUCGACAUCUCCUCUGCCGGCUCAACAGCUUCAACUGAUGGCAAUGACUCCCAGACUGCAGAGACCACUAUGCCCCCUGGUGGCCAGGAGGACUCACUGUCUCAGUCAGGAUUAAAGGUGGAGUCAGGAACCGGGGUUGAUACUAAGGUUGAAGGACAGGAGGUUCAGCCAGGGAAUGAAGGGAUGAAUGUUGAAGAAGGGGUUCAAGCCACAAAGUCUCCAGCAUUAGGAGGAAAGGAUUCAGAGAAGGAGCCUGAUGCAUCUCCCUUACAGCCAGCAGGAGUGAACCAGAGAGAACCUGGAGGUCAGGGUGGAGAGGUCGUCACAGAGAAAGUUGUAGACAUUUCAACAACGGAGUCCGAAGAACCAGUCUCCUCAGAUGCUACCUCCGCUCCUCAAGCUGCUAAACCAGAGACGGAGAACAUGUCUGUUUCCAGUUCCACAACAGCCACCCCAGCCCCAAAAGUGAUGGCAGCCAUCAUAGAGGCCUUACGACAGGAGAGCAGGAACAGAUCCUCUACCAGGAUUGCCACCAACCAGGCUGCAGCUGAGAAUCCUCCAGGUAAACAACCAAAAGAUAAGGAGACUCCAGAUGUUCAGGCUGCCCCCGCUCUACCCAGAGUGACCCCAGAGAUCCUGAAGGUGCUGCUGGAGGAAUGCAGGAUCCGGUCCACCAGUAGGGCCGGCGCUGAGCAGGCCAGGAAGGAGCAGGCUCAGGCGCCCCUGCAGGCCAAAAGCCAUCCACCGGAAACCGAAGAGACCACAGUGGAGACAGGGAGCCUGGAAGAGAGCAGGCCACCAAGAGGAAGACCCGUGAGGAGGAAAGGGAGGAGAGGGAGACAGCGAGGAGGGAGAGGGAGAGGAGGAUGAAGACCCAAGAGGAGGAGAAGGAGAAAGGAAGGAGGGAGAGAGAGAAGAGGCGGUCCCACAGGGAACGGUCAUCAGGAUCACCGGGGUCCAGGUCCUCUAUGAGGUAUGAGGGGAGCCGGCACAGUGGGAAGAGCGGCGCCAGGUCUGAGUCCAGGAGAGGAAACGGAGAGGAGAAACAGCAGGGUGUGGUAGUAGGUGCCAGGCACACCGGUUUGUGUCAAACCCAGCAGCGUUGCAGUUCUU